AUGUGUAUUGAAGGCGAACAGUUCAAAGAUUGUAUGAAUUGGGCAGUAUUGAGUUUGGAAGAAAUAAUGACGCGACACGAAUUCCUUCUGAAAACCGGCCGCUAUGUGACACCGGAUCCGAAGCAUCCACAGAAAGCUAUGGAAAACGCUAGGUUAAAUCAAAUACUGGAUUCGAGUGACGACAAUUUUGCAGUUCAGGUACAUAAACAUGUUCCACGAUGA